AAAUAACAUUUUUUUCAUAUUUGAUAGGCUAAUCUGAAAAUUGAAGGUUUAAGCUUCACACAUUGCCUCCAAUGGCUGCCAGCACCUAACUUUCACACAGUAAUCAACCAGUCUUAGCAUGGCGUAUGUUCCGCCGCACAUGCGGCACUCGAAGGUCGGUGGCCCAUCGUCCGCACCAUCACCAACGCUGCCGCCUGAAUCUGUGAACCCUAAUUUCAAGAGAAAAAGGAAUUUCAAUUCGAAAGAUAUUAACGAUAAAGGGGCGGUGAAGAGCAUUGUGUACGGUGAAAAUGCCAUAUCCAAGUGGCUCGCCGUUGGUUUUGCAGAUGAUACUCUCCUUCCCACUGUUACAAGGCUCGAGCCGGUGGCUUUGGAAUCCUAUGAACGAAAAUCUGGUGAAAAGCCGCUCACUUUGGUAAUCAGCGAUCAUCGUCUCAAAGAAAACUGCAAGGACAAGAGUGUCUUGUUGGCAAACCCAUGGGCUUUUGUAGUUGAAACAUUGAAGCAAGACUUGCUUCGUUCUUUCCUGCAAGUCAAAGAAAACAUGGAGUCCUGCGAGUUUGAAGAAGUAAAACCAACCCUGGUUGCACGAUUCGGAAGAAUUCUUUUCCAUGGGAACCGUUCAUUUACUUUAGAAUCCAUUAGCGGAAAGCAUGUGCCAGAAAGCACUUUGAAACAAUUGAAGAAAUCUUUUUACACAAAUGUUCCUUCCUUAUACAUGGAAUACAUUACAAAUGAAGUCGUCCCAAAAAUUGGAUUUGUUUUGGAAGGGGAACAGGAGCUAUACCAUGUAAAGCUGUCUGACAAGAUGCGACCUGAUUCAACUCUCUCCUGCAAGUGUACAGUGACAACAGACAAUAAAAAGCUUGAACUUUGCAAGGUUGAGUUGAAUCAAGUGCGGCACAUGGUUGCUGAUAUAUCCUGCCUUGGUAAGAACCAAGAUUUGAGGCUGAUGCUACGCACCAAGAGAAUUUUGGUAGCUCUGAAAGAUGAAGAGGUUGAGAACAUUAAAAGCCUGAUUAGUUCUGCGACUUUAGAUUCAGAGGUGAAGGGUGGAUUAAGGUGGCCCUUGGGUAAACAGUCUUCAGGAGAUCAAUACACUGUUGUUGGAGUUUGGCAUACAAAUGGAAAAACGUUUAAGAAUUCGUCAAUGAGGCUUAAGGUUCGACAUGCUGAUCGAUUUGAUUUCAGAUCUUCAGCUGGAGAGGUGACCAGAGAGGUCAUUCUGAAAAUGCCUGGAGUUAUACCAAAACUGCCAGAACAAACUUUCAAAACUGAUCUUGCAAUGGAAAUGCUGAAGGAAAAUUUAAAAUUGAUCUGGGAAUACUUCUUGUGCUAGAUUCAUUAACCAAAAAAGAGCACAGUCCUUUUGUUUGUGAUGUAAAUAUAUGCCAAUGCUGCCGCUUAUGCAACAUGGUUUUACCGAGAGGCUUGUAUAUCUCAUUAUUAUGGUCUGGAUUUGCAAAUUUUACUUCAAAAUUGGAAUAAAUAUUAACUAUUUACUUGCAGUUUUCUAUCAGUUCGACCUUCCUUUUUCUCUGAUA